AUGUUUGGGCCAAGAUCGAGGUUACUAAGUGGGCCAAUAAUCGAUUGGAGGGCUCCAGCUGAAGGGGAAUUAAUUGUAGAGAAAAGUACAGAAUUUCUCGAAUUAGUUGACAAUAAAGAAGCACAGAAAUAUCGAUUAAGGGAUAGCAAGGAUAUCCCCAAGCUUAAGCAGAAUGAGACAUUCAGCUGGGAUUCAAGAACCGGGGUCCUGUAG